GGUGGGCGUGGCCAGUUUGAACGGGCGGCGGCCGGGAGCGGCGCCAUGGUGAAACCGCUGAGGGCUCGGGAUCCCGAUCCCGAUAUCGAUCACAAUAUCGAUAUCGAUCCCGAUACCGCCGAGGGUCCCGGCCCCGCGAUGAGCCCCCCGCUCUCCCCGCAGCCCGCUGCUGCGCCAGCCGACGGCUUUGCCUCCUCAGACGAUGAGGCCGCCGAAGAGGAGCCGAGCCCGCUCCACAUCUCCUGGUUGUCUUUGUCUCCUCUCUACUCUUCAGAGUUCCUGGGAUUAUGUUCCCUUCCAGGUUGCAGGUUUAAGGAUGUCAGAAGGAAUCUUCAGAAAGAUAUAGGAGAACUAAAGAGCUGUGGGAUCCAGGAUAUCUUUGUGCUUUGUACCAGAGGCGAGCUCUCAAAAUACCGAGUACCAAACCUGCUCGACACCUACCAACAGCACGGGAUGUGUGUGCACCACCACCCCAUUCCUGAUGGGAAUGCUCCUGACAUUGCCACCUGCUGCAAGAUCCUGGAAGAGCUCAGAACCUGCCUGGAAAAUAAGCAGAAGACAAUGAUACACUGUUAUGGUGGCCUUGGACGCUCAUGUCUUGUGGCUGCAUGUCUCCUGCUCCAGCUUUCAGACACCCUGGCACCUCAGCAGGUGAUAGAGAGCCUCAGGAACCUGAGAGGAUCAGGGGCCAUACAGACCAUCAAGCAGUACAAUUUCCUCCAUGACUUCCGGGAGAACCUGGCGGCACACCUGGCAACAAAGGACCCGGUGCUGAGAUCGGCAUCGCGGUAGCUGAUCCUGUCUGUGCCUGUGUGGAAAACUCCUGGACAAGACACCCCUCUCCUGACCUUUCCUCAGUGCUACUGCCUGUGUGACUCAGCUGCUGCCUUCCAAAUCUACGUGUAAAGUAUUGGGAUGGGGAAGGAAAUCCUAGAGAACAUGGAUGGGAACAAAGUCUCCUCUCUGGUGACUUUAAUACUCACUGCCUGAAAAAUACGUGUACAAGUGUGUUUGUGUCCAUUGCUGUUCUGCUGGGAUAAGGGAGCUGGAUAGAAAUUCCAUCUCUGGAGCUGUUUAAAAAUACCCUCACACCAUCAGCUCUGCUGUAGAGCAAAGUCAAGUCAAGCUGGAGCACUCACCCCUUAGGCACUCGUAACAACUCAUUCUAAAAUGUCACGGUUCUGCUCGAUGUGUUGAGGGGUAUUUGGGAAGGAGUCUCCUCAUUCCAAAAGCAGGAGGUGUUGUGACACCACAAAUCUGUGACAAGCCCAGCAGGGGGGUUGUAGGUGACUGUGGCAGCUGCGUGGGUGAGCUGGCACAGCCCUUCUGCCUGCUGCCACCACGGAGAGUAAACAAACAAUCAGCUGUGGGCUGGGAGGAUCUCACAGGAACAGUCCUCUGCAGUCCCCAGCCCUCCUGCUUCACUAUUUCCAUUCAAAGCAAGAUGAAACAGCUCCUGGCUUUUGCUAAAGUUCAGGGUUUUGCUUAAGUUCAGGACCAUCUCAAGUCAAAAGUUGGGACGAGACUCCACACAACACCAGGGGGCUUGAGUUGAGCAAGUGCCUGCUUUGUGAACUUCAGAAUUUAUCUUUUAAUUAAACUUUGAGCACAAAGGUGAUUUCUGCAGAUUAAUUAGUGUUUACUGCCAUUCCCAUCCCCACUCUUAUGGCAAAUAACAGGAACUUUUCCAGUUCCCACAGCACAGAAUUUACAGCAAAUGCCCUGCCCCAAAUGUGCUUCAGUACUUAGUCCUUGCAACUAAUGUUUUUUAGAUAUUAAAUAUUUAUCACAUGACUCAGCAGGAAGCUUGCUGAGGGCAAGAGAAAUGUUCUUUAUCUUCUCCAUAAUAUUUUGCCUCCUAGAACUCCAAAACCAACGAUCAGUCCACAUUUUGAAUGCCAAAGGCCUGGUACUCCAGCAGGGAAUUACACAAGGGCUACUCCAACACUCCUGGGACAUGAUGCUGCUGUUGCUGGACAUGGAACAGCUGGGAAUGCUCAUCUGCACCCCACAUCCAGCUAAAGCUGCUCAUCAGCAGGACAGUGCAAACACUUUGGUAAAUAUUGCUGGGCCCUUGCAGCUGCAGGGCCUGCAGGAGCAGCCUGCAUUGUUUAUUCCAGCGUGGAAUUUGGCUCAAACCAGCCCAAAUGCCAAGGGAACACGAGAUUUGUUUAAAAGGUUGAGGAGAGCCAGGGGCUACAAGCAGCCAGUCUUGUUUCCAUAAUGAAUUAAUAAACAUACAAACAUAAGAAAAAUUUAAUGAGCUUUGCUUCCACAGGCUGAAGUCAUCUCUUACGUGUUUGGAACAGCCAAGCACCAGAAAAGUAAAAAUGAUCCAAUAGGAACAAUAUUAAUGAGUUUCCAAAAAAGCCUUUCAAAAAUUCUUCUGUGAAAAGCUAAAAAUUAUGGUUGAAUGAGUAAAAAAACAAUCAUGGAAUGCUGAAGGUUUGAGCAGUAGGGGCAUGGGAAAUGCUCAAUCAGUGCAAGGAAACACGAGAAAAACAAUUUUAUGUACAAAGCAAGAAGCUGCCAGGACUAUUAUUAAGAAAGAGAAUUUGAAGUUAUCACAGCCUGAAUUCUCUUACCCCCAGUAUAUUUAUAAAAACUAGAAACUACAACUCUCCAUCCCCACGGAACCCAAUCUUUGUGUGAUGAUUGUCUAGAAAAGGAGAAGGUUGUGGAGGAGAAAGGACAAUCCCAAACCUGUGGAAGGAGUGCCAAGCAGAGAGCAAACAAACUUAGCCCUUGUGGCAGAUGAGUAAAGUCUGUUCAUUCACACCCAGCACAAUUAAGGUAGAAAGGGGGACAUUUUCACCAUGUCCAAAAAAAUAAGCACGUAGGGUCAUUAAGUGAAGUCGGCAGAACUGUUAAAUACCUGUUUUUUACACACAGCAAUUCCACUGCAGAACUCACUGCCAGGAUUGCCCAGAGCAGCUGUGGCUGCUCCAACCCUGCAGUGUCCAGGGCCAGGUUGGACAGGGCUUGGAGCAGCCUGGGAUAGAGGGAGGUGUCCCUGCCAUGGCAGGGGGUGGAAUGAAAUGCAAUUUAAUUUAAUGUCCCUUCCAACACAAACUGCUCUGGGAUUCUGUGGUGUUCUAGACCAGGCUACAAAAGUGCUCUAAAAGCAGCUGAACUGAUGGCAGAAAAGCCAUUCAGAGCUUUUUGAAAUGCCAAAGCCCACUCAGGACAUCUGCAACAGACAGAUUUCCAAAUUUCUCACUCUUCAGGCAGAUACUCCACACCUGCCUGUUUCAUAUUCCUUUCCUCAGCCACUGCCCAACAGACCAGUGUUGGAACCUCUGGAUUUCUGGUGGAACCCAGUGCAGUCAUUCAUGCAAUUUAUACUGCCCCUUACACCCAAGAGCCCCAAAGUGAACAAAUACACAGUUUAUGCAAAAAAAAAGUUUUACUAGAACGGGGAAACUCUGCAUUGUUCUCCAGCACAGGUAAAUGAAAAAGAUCUCUAAUUAUUACUUGUAAAUUAAGCAGCUGUUCACAGUUACAAUUUACAAUGCAAUAUUUAUCUGAAACAUCUUCCUCUGCCCCAUCUGCAAUUUUAACUUCAGGGAAAAAAGCAGGAAAUCAGAAUUUCCCUUUUCCAGAGGUAAUUCAAUUCUAUUUUUGAAGGGAAUGCAAUAAUCCACUGUAAAACAACAGUGAGGAUCUGUUGAAUUUAUAAACAAAACAAAAGGCACCACAUAAAAAGAAGUGUUGCUGAAUUUGAGAUUUGUUUUUUAUUAUCAUUUAUUGCACUAAGGAACAGCAGGGCAGUUUCACAAUCUCACCUUCUGCUUUGAAAAGUCUGUAGUAUUUACUACUCUUAAACCCAAGAGUGUUUUCAUCAUUGGACUUGAUAAACAUUGGAGGUUUGUCCAUUUUUUAAUCAGACAGCACAGACAUUAAAAAAAAAAAACAAACCAAAACAUUUAAAUUCAUUCCUUCAUGGACAAUUCAGCUUCUCCUACCACAAUGGCACAGACUCGAGACUAAAGCAGGGUUAAUGUUUGGAGAAGAUACAGAGGGCUCUGUGCACUUAUGGAUGCACAUACAGGGAAAGAUUAACCAGAUAAUAAAAAAAUAAACGAAAACAGAACUAUUUUUGCUUUUGUGUCCAUGAAUUAACAUCCUAAGACCCAUGUCACCUAUGGGCAAAACAUACAGAUUCCAGUUGUUCCCAAGCACUUGGAGCUAGGGCUGGUUUAGAGUAAAGAGUGGGAUACACAAGUCCAAGUGAGCCACUACAAAGCCCAUCCUACUGCAAA